CAGUGGUUUAUUGCCUGAACAUGAAGACGGUCCGAAAAUCAUUUUUUAUUGUUUGCUUAUUUUUAAAUUUGUUUUUAUUUUCUUGUGAAGACGAUCAAGAAAAGUUUGACGUCGGUUCCACGACUCAGCUGCCACCCGAUUUUCUCAGAAUCGAAGAAGCUUUAACUAAACAGAUUAACAGAUUUCAAAAAAAUGUUAAAACUAGACUAGAAGUUCUAGAAACAGCUACUAUGAAGCAGUUAGAAGAGCUAAAGCACCGUCUAGAAACACUAGAUUCGGCGAAAGACAUAAGUCUUGAGCAAGUCAUUUACAGUCUAAAAAAUCUCGAGCCCACAAUAGAUUUAAAGUUAGAACAGUUAACACAUAGUAUACCAACUUUCGAAUCUAAAAAUGCCGCACAAAUAGAACAGUUAACACACCGCAUAGACGCUGCCGAAUCCACGAAUACCUCAAACAUGGAAUUAAUGUUGACAGAUCAUCUACAAGUCUUCGAAUCCGCAAACGAUUUAAAGUUCAAACAGUUAACAGAUUGUAUGAACUACCUUGAAUCAAAAAUUGACAUAUCCAUUGAUCGUACGAAACAAAUAGCGACGAAUCUUUCACGCAACUGUGGAGAAGUCAAAGAAAAGGGUUACGAUCUUUCUACCGUCUACCUGAUUAAACCAGACUUUGCUCCUAAACCCAUAACGGUUCUGUGUGACUUGGAAAAAAAAGGGGGUGGAUGGGCAUACAUUUUAAGUAGGUUUGAUGGAUCACAAAGUUUUGACUUUGAUAUGGAAGAAUAUAAAAAUGGAUUCGGUAAAAUUUGGAGUGAGUUUUGGCUGGGUUUGGAUAACAUUCAUUAUUUAACUGGUUAUGAAGAUAACGAGUUGUUGAUUGAACUAGUAGAUUGGGACGACAAUUACAAGUUCGCGCAUUAUGAUAGUUUCAGGGUGGGGAGUGAAGACGAAGGUUAUAUAGUGAGUAUAUCAGGAUAUACCGGGACCGCUGGAGAUUCUUUCUCUUACGUUACAAACAAUACGAAAUUUAGUACAAAAAAGAUUGAUUUGGAUCAAUGGUCUUUAGGAAGCUGUGCUCAACAUUUCGGUGCAAGCUGGUGGUAUAACAUGUGUAUGACCUCUCUUCUCACGGGAAAAUACUUGGAAAGCUAUGUCCACACAACUGAGUUAGGGAAAAUUAUGCACUGGUCCACAUUCCGAGGAAACCAAUACAGUCUCAAAGAAGCUAGAAUGAUGGUUAGACCUAGAAUCGAACCAAAUGACUAGAUGUGCUGGAAGCAACACAUUUUUGUGAGAACUGUGGGUGUGACCUGAAAUAAAAAUUUUUGCUUGUGUUGUGUAGAGUGAUAAAAGUCCUCAAUAAAACCAACCUUAAUCCCACUUAAA